AUUGAGUAAUUGUGUUUUGAGAUUGAGAUCGAAUCAACCAUCUGUCUCUCCUCUCCAGUCUCCUGCUGGUCAUCUCGUUCCCUUCAAACACAAAAAUAAACCAGCCCUUACUCCUCCAUAAGCUCUGCUUGGCUUCUUAUUUCUUAAUUCCUCGUCUCAGGACCAGACAUGGAGGCAAUUAUGCCCUUGCUCAUCUUGUUGCGGGCUUUGAUUGUUGCCGCAGUUAUUCCAUCUGUGUUUUCAUUUUCUUCCACGGUGCCUGCUUUUCUGUGGUCGCCUCAUUACCAUCAUCAUCAUCCAGGACUGGAGGCUGCUGUAAAUUAUCAGACCAUCACUCCAAAGGACCUUGCAAAGUCUGUUCUAUCUGAAGGAGGCUGGUCAAAGAUAGUGUGCUCAGGGAACAAACUGAAGCAACCUGUGGAUCUGGCUCUUGUAUUUGUUGGUAGAGAGUUCCAAUCUUCAGAUAUUUAUGCAAAGAAACAUGCUGAUGGGGGUCUAGUGGACUUGCUUAAGGUCGCCUAUUCAAGAUCUAAUUUUUCAAUGGCAUUCCCGUACAUUGCUGCAUCGGAGGAGGAGACAAUGGCAAAUUCUUUGCUUGCAGGGUUUACAGAGAUUUGUGGGCCAGAUAUUAUAUUCACUAAUGUUACUUUCUCACAGUCCUGCUCUCCAGUGGGUGGAAAUUUUCAGAAACUUGAAAACCUGCACUCAGUCCAUGAAUAUCUGUGGUCGAGGAUGGAGAAGAGAACAAAGGGGGGAGUAGAUUUGAUUGUGUUCUGCCAUGAAGGAUCUGAAUCUGUAAAAGAAGCUGAGCAAUCACUUUCGGAGAGUGAAGUUUUGGGUGAUCUUAUUAAUUCUGUGGAUCAAUCUGGGGCAAAAUAUGUGGUUCUCUAUGUUACAGAUCCUUUUGCUUCAAUUCAUUAUCCUUCUCAUCGGGAAAUAGAAAGGUUUCUGGCUGAAAGUGCCUCAGGAAACAGUUCGGCCAAUUCUACAUUCUGUGAUGAAGUUUGUCAGAUCAAAUCAUCUCUUCUGGAAGGACUUUUUGUUGGCAUUGUUUUGCUUAUAAUCUUAAUAUCAGGCAUCUGCUGCAUGAUGGGAAUUGACACUCCAACGAGAUUUGAGGCACCUCAGGAGUCUUGAUUUGUUAUCUAUGCUAGAUAAUAUCUAUUUGUUGUGGUGCUCGAUGCUCUGUACAAUGCAUUAGUAAAAUGUUGAUUGUUAUAUUAGUUCCUUGGGAUGAAAGGUACCUUGUAAUAUUUUUUUGUUCACAUGCUUGAGAGCUUUUUUGUUAUGUUGGCAAUAAUGCAAUUCGAUAGUGUUUCUCGUA